GAUUUUUUAAAAUAUAUUUUUAAUCGAUUUUAAGUUAUAAAAUACAUUUAAAAUAUAGGUACUUUGAACGGACAGCUGGUGGCGCUGUGACAACACUAGACCCAAUACUUGGUGAUAGAAGAAAAGCAGCACACUGACAACGUGAUGUUUGUAAAGUAACCGCAUUUUACCAUGACUCACGCCGAACAACCUCCGUGCCUUUAUUUAGAAGUUUUCUGCCAGGAUGAGCAGCUGCGCCUCCCCCUGCACAGCUCCAUAGUUCUGUUUCUGCUGUCUUACUGCGACUGCCAGUCUUUCAGAGUGUUCCUCGUCCUCAGCGACGGCAGCAGCUCCGAGCCUCUGAAAAGCCAGCUUCCAGCAUCUCUCAGUCUCUCAGACAUCCAGGUGGAGGAGCUGCCCAAGCUGGUGAGCAGCUGCCGCCUCCCCGCAGCUCUGGAUGAGAGCGGGCAGAUCUGCAGAGCCGGACUGGCAGUGGUCCUCAGACACAUCAUCAACAAAAGCAUCGAGGCUGACCCUUCCAGGAAGGAUGUUGCUGCUCUGCUGGGCUUCAAAAAGACAUGCUUGAAGGCCUGUGCAGAGGUGAGCAAGUGGACCAGACUGUGUGAAACAGGCAUUCCUUCAGCCGUGGAGGAGCACCUCCAGAACCCGUCAGACGUGGGGAAGCAGCUGCCUCUUCCCGUCGUCACCCUGGAGAGCCGACUGGCGGAGCCCGUCAAAGUCCACAAUGACGACAAAAUCCGGAGGCAGAAGCUCCAGGAGCAGAAACGCAGGGAGAAGCUCGAGCCUGUUGGAGACCAGCCGAGCAAGGAGCCGCCACCUCAGGCGUCUGACGAGCUGGAGCUGAGGGCCGCUCUGGCUAAGCUCUCCGUGGCGUUAGUACCGGCACCAACCACCAGGGAGAACUCCGAGAUCAGGAAAGUGAAGACGAGGGAGCUGCCGCCGCUGGAGCACGUGUUUGCUGAGGGGCUGUAUUUCACUCUGACUGAUGUGGUGCUGCUGCCAUGUAUUCAUCAGUAUCUGUGUUCCCUUCGGGCGAGUGCUCCCGGCGCUCUGCAGCAGCUCCCCAACCUGCUCCGAUGGUACAACCGCGUUCAGGAGGUUCCCGGUGUCAUUCGGGCAGCAAAAGACUGCGGGCUUCAUCUGUCCACCCUCCAAGUUGCCACUUCCUGCCCUCCAGGGCCGUCACCCCAUCCUUCAGCGAGCCUGCUGGAGGAAGAGGAAAGUCAGGAGACGACCAAGUCAAAGCCGUUCGUCGGUGGCCCCAGGCCAACAAUGACGAAACUUAAAGAAAAUGGCAUUGAGGCAAUCUUUGCUUCCCAUCCUUGUCCUUCCUGGAAUCUCCCAUGGGACAGUUUACCAAGCGCUAUCAACCCCACUGAAGGCAAAAUGUCAAAUAUCCGUGCAAUCAGAAAGAUGCAACAGCUGAAUAACUUGGUUGCCAUGGUUACGGACCUAGCCAGACCAGGAGAUACGAUUGUGGAUUUCUGCAGUGGAACGGGCCACGUGGGGAUCGUUCUCGCUCACACUUUCCCAGACUGCCAGAUUGUUCUCAUAGAAAACAAAGAGGAGUCUCUGGUCAGAGCCCAGCGGCGAAGCGCCCAGCUCGGUUUGAAAAACAUCGGCUUCAUUCAGACCAACUUGGAUUAUUUCACCGGGCCGUUUCACAUUGGGGUUGCCCUCCACGCAUGUGGCAUUGCAACUGACAUGGUGCUGGAGCACUGCAUCCAGGCGGAGUCGGCGUUCGUCAUCAGCCCUUGUUGUUACGGGUUCAUACAGAACGCAGUGAAGUUCAGCUUCCCCAAGAGUGAACGGUUCCGGGAAACACUGAAUUAUAAGGAACACAUGAUCCUCUGUCGCUUCGCAGACCAAACUGCCGUUCAGCUCCCACCUGAGAGACGCCUCAUCGGGAAACAGUGUAUGGGUUUGGUGGACUUGGAUCGUUCCUGGGCAGCAGAGGCUUCUGGGUACUCUGUGCAGGUGAUAACCAUGGAGCCUGAAAGCUGUUCACCAAAGAACAACAUGCUUGUGGGAAGACCACCGCAGAGGAGAAGCUGCUAACCAGCCUGCAGUACCAGAUGAAUCUUCUGAUUGGUCAGAUCCAGCUGAGGUUCUCCAUCUGUGGUUCAAGUGUUUUUAUGGUCUAUUUGUUUUUUGUAACUGACUUUUAAAAAUUUCCAAUGAAAGGAAAAAAAAAGUCAUAUUUCAAGAAGUUUUUGAUGUUUAACUCAAAAGCAAGAAGGUGCUAAUUAUGUGAGGAGGAUCAUGGGAACUCUCCUCAGUUGUCACCGCGUUUCUCCAACCGCAGUUUCACUUAUGUCUGCAUGCGAUCAAGCUGUCGCUGUACACAAGCAGCAGGAGCUCCACGCCCACAUUGUUAAUUAAGCAUACGUCCAUAUUUGCACGCAGUCUGCGAGGAAGCACUGAUGCGCUUCCCUUGAUUAACAGGAAGAGGAAAAUCCUGAACUGGAGCCACAUCUGCAGUUAAGAUGGAAAUCACCUCUGUGCGUUUUAACUAGGAGAGACAGGGGUUCAGAGAGAGGCAGAAAUUGGAUUUUUAACUCCCAUCGCAGCGUUUAAAUAUUAGCUUUCCGUGGUUUUACAAAGAUCUUUAUCAUUUCUGAUGAAGAACCAGUGAUUUCAUCCUGUAAUAUGCUCAGCAACAAUGAAUAUUUGAUGGUUCUGGCAUAAAAAAGGAUCAGUUGGCUUGAUUGGAUGCAAGGUGGUCAGAGUCUUACUAAUAAAGAAGAAGAAUUGCUCUAUAGUGCUUUUUUUCCAGCUCUGCAAACUGCAGACAAACCACUGUCCCUGAAGAAAUCAUCCAAGCAGGAGAACUCCAUAAUUUGCUUACACCAAAAAUCCUGAGCUGUCACCUUCCUCCGUGCACGGUGGCUGAUCAGAAAUCUGCGGAGACAGCCGGAGAGUCUUUUGGGAUGCGUGCAUGGCGGGGGGAGAUGGGGAGAAAGAGAUUCAGGCUUUUCCACCGUCAGAGUCAUUUAAAUUCAGUCGGCAGAGUCGAUCUAUGGCGAGGUGAACGGUCACACGUGCAGCUCCUUCUGACGACGGAAAUUAUUCAAACAGAAAUGUCUGACUCCCCCUGUUCAUUCCGUUGACUCCUCACAGCUGACAUUGUUGAUGUGCAGAUGGAUGCAAACGAGAAGAGAGCAGCUGGCAGAAAGUUACUUAAAGCUAGCUGGAUGGAUUAGAACUAUUUUGCUAAAA